AUGAGUAUUUUAGCUUGGAAUUGCCAUGGGCUUGGGAACCAAUGGACCUUACAAUUCCUAAAGGAUUUAACCAUCCAAAAGAAACCCGAUUUCAUCUUUUUAAGUGAAACGUUAAGCAAAAAGGAUCGAUUGGAGAGGGUACGUACGGCUUUGGGAUUUGAAGGACUUUUUGUGGUGGAGGUACAAGGGCAUAGUGGCGGAUUGGCUCUAUUGUGGAGACAUGAAGAGGAAGCUCGAUUACUGAGUUAUUCGACAUCUCAUAUUGAUGUACAAAUUUCAAUAGCUGGGAAGGCGGAGUGGCGAUUUACUGGACUAUAUGGGGAACCCAGUCGGGGUCAUCGACGACAAACUUGGGACUUAUUGAGAACCUUAGCUUCUGCAUCAUCCCUACCAUGGUGUAUAAUGGGUGAUGUAAAUAACGUGGUGGGCCAGGAGGAUAAAAGGGGUGGAAAUCCUUACCCCGGAUGGUUAAUUAAUGGUUUUAAUCAACCAUUGACGGAUUGUGGGCUGAUAGAUUUGGAUCUUACUGGAUAUCCAUACACUUGGGAACGUGGCAGGGGGUCUUCAGAGUGGAUUGAAGUUCGAUUGGAUCGUGCAUUGGUAUCUCAGAGUUGGUUUAAUCUUUUCUUGUAUGCAAAAUUAUUUAACUUAGACUUCUCAACAUCUAAUCAUUGUCCCAUUCUAUUGGAGUUUAAUUUUGCACCUGUUACCCAUUCUCUAAAAAAGUUCAAGUUUGAAAAUGCUUGGUUAAGGGAGCCUAUGUGUACUCAGAUUAUUCGUGAUAGCUGGGAAGUUUGUAGGGAGGGUAAUAUUCAAGAGAAAAUUCGUUACUGUGGCAUGGCGUUGAUGGACUGGGGAAAGGAUUAUACUGGUAAUUUCGCAGGUAGAAUCAAGGGAUAG